UUAGGUCCGCAGUUUCUGACUAAAGUCUGUGGAACAGCGAGUGACAGGCAGCAAUAAUAAUUUUUGUGUUUAGAUCAGGCACAAAAGCUGAGGAAGAAGCUUGGCAAGCGCGUAGAGCUUUUUUCUUAAACGCUGGUGAGAUCAAUCAGCAAUUCUCCCGCUGCAGUGUAAACAAUGAGAAAUGUGCACAUAUUGUUUAGAAGAGAAAAGCUGUCUGUGGAAAUUCCAAACAAAGCUAUACCAAACAUUGCGUUGAGGACAUUCCAGCUUUCUGCCUAGUGAUUUUUCUAUAUUGCGGGAAAUAUCCCGCAAAUUUUUUUCUUUGUGUAUGCUUAUCAUGUCUGUUUUUUUACGCAGAGAGAUAGAAAGUGAACAAUUUCUUGUGGGUAUUUAUAAGUCACGUUCCUAAACGCCUGCCUAACUAUGGAUGACCUGACAUGCCGCGUGCACAUAUGACGCAGUUGGACGUCCAUCUGCUGAACAUGUUCUAAUAUUUUCUGCCCUUUGGCGAGACAAAGAUAAUUUCUAUUUUGAGUAUUAGUAUAUUCCACUUGGAUCUUUACCUAUUUACAUACUUACGCACAUUGGUUACUUUAAGACCAUAAUGACAGUAGAGUAGAGAUUACGAGUCCAUCGUUUUUGCUAUGGGAUAGAAGCGAGGACGAAGACUAUAUCAAUCCUGAGUUAUCAACACUUCAUUUAAGCAUUCAAUAAAUAAAUGUUCUAUGGAAAGUACUUGGGAGUUAUGUUGUAAUUGACUGUUUGCCUAAUUCGGAAGUGCACUUCUCUUCCUUGCAUACUUUGCCUACUAAUGGCAGCACUUGUCGUGGUUCAAAUGAAGUUUAAGUACUGGCUGUACAUGCUCGGGUCCAUUGAAUAGGCUCGUUUCAUAACGACACCUAUAACUGCACUUUACACGUCAUCAGAGAAGCAAACUGAACUCGCGCACAGUGUUUGCGAAAAGGAAGCGACUAUGCCGCCAUUAACCUUGCCAAACUGCAUCGCGGGAAAACGACCUUUACUAUUGGCGGCGAGGAGUUACGGAGUCGCCCUCUAUCGGAAGCGCCUCGAUGCCGUAGUAUGAGGGAUCACGUGACGCGCUCCUCAUAGGUUUUGCUGUCAGCGCUCACUGAAAACACCACGCGCGAGCUCUCCCGGACAUUUCUGUAAGUACUUUCGAAACGAGAGAAGUUUCUUACUGUCUAAAUAAUAAUCUUGGCCAAGCUGAAAGCACACAAUCGUUUACAGCCGCUAUCUCUUUACCGAAUACGUACAGCGAACGCCACUGCGCGCGGUCGCCGCGAUGGAGUCUCCCGAACCGGCUUCUUGCGUGAAAGGAGCCCCCGGCCGGAAUGAAGGCAAUAUCCGGUGGAUUGCUAAUCGUGAUCGCUAGAUUCCAGGGAAUCGCCGACGGUGAUCCUAAAGCACCACCUGGAUAAUUGGAAGUUAAUGGAGAUGGCUCUUGGAAGCCUCCGCCAGGAAGAUGGGUGGCAGCGCUGAAAAGGCCAAGCGUGGCUUUCAUGACGACGUGGAGCAGUUCUUCAGAGACCUCGCUCUACAGCGCUCAGGCUUGCCGGAAGAGUUUACCGAGAAGGACGCGCAGCAGAGCCAGCGGAAGAAGCAGAAAGAGUCACGUGAGCUCGGCUACUGUGCCCCGGCUUGUCAUCUCUGUGGCUGUCUCCUGCAUCUCGUUUCACAGUGCAAGUCCGACGGAGAUUGGGGAGGUUAUCGAGAAGAUGAAGCAAGUUUUCGAAAGUUCUGACUUGGAGGAUGAACGCGGAAGCCGCUGUGGAACGUCAGUCUGUGAGCAACGCGUUCACGCUGUGCGCUACAGGCUGCAACCCGUUGUUACUGCAGCGUUUCCUGCCUUUGACACGGGUGCUUCUCCACCAAAUCGAGGAUGGUGCAGCUCAUCCCCUACUUCUUGCUUUUGUAUGGUCACUAACUAUAAGUUCUAGAACAGGUUAAGCUAAUAAAAUGUUCUUUCGAAAGUA